GCAGCAGCAGCACACUGUUCAUAAGAAUAGGUAAGAAAAUAUUUUUCUAUCAAAAAUACGGGAACAAAACUUAACUGAAAAACUGAAAGAAGAAAAACUUAACUGUGAAUGUAUUCUCACCUCUCUCAAUCUCUCCUCCGUUAAAGCGUAUUCCAAGUUCACCAAUCUCCAUUGAAGGCGCUUCUGAACUAUUUCCUCCAUUUAAACAACUUUGAGAUGCAGGAUUCGAUUGCACCCCUUACCUUUUUUGUUCAAUUUAUGGAUGGUAUGAAUUGAUGUUUUAGAGUUCAGACUUCAGAAUUUGGAAGGCAAGUGCAAGAAGCUUGCUCAGUGAAACUGUGGUGCUUGAAGAAAAAACACACGUGAUUGCAUUUACUUCCAUCUAUUUGCCUUUACUAUGGCUGUGAAAUGGGUGCUUCACUGGCACCCCAAUGCAGGGAGUACAGUGAACACUCAAAUAAUGAAUGAAAUCUCCCAGUGUGUUGAGAACUUGAAUGGUGUCAAGGAAGGGAGGUGGAAAUCUGUGCUCACCUUCUACAAGCCCAUCACUCGAGAUCAGGCGAUGGCAGCUGAAUAUCCCCGCGAUUAUCUUGGUUUCUCAAUUCCAGAGCAACCCAACAAAUACUACUUUAUAAUUCGUGGCCAGCGGAUUGUUCUUGAAGCAGAUUUAAGUAUACAAACAAUUAUGGAUAAGUUGCAAUCAUACAAGUCAAGGGUGUCCCUGAAUUUUGAGGGAAUCCAGUACCAGCUUGGGGACUUCCAAGUGAGAGUGGGAAAGGUUGCUCCUAGUCAUUCUGAAACUAUGCGAGGAAUAGUCAUGGAGGUUGAGUAUCUUCCGAUUUCUUCUAUUGAAAAAUCCAGGCAAAUCCUUCAGGACUUUGUGGAUAUUUGGAAAGAUACAUUGUCAAAGAGGUUGCUACCAGGUCAUUUUAUUCAUAUCGAACCCAACUUUGGAGAGUAUGGCUUAGGAGAUCAGUAUACCGCUGAACAUACAGCAGUUCAGUAUGCCACUGUCAUGGCGCAACUGAUUGCAACUGUGCAAACAACACAAGCAGUCAGAAAUUAAAACCUUCAUUAUUCUGUACAUGUUAUAUUAUAACUUUUGUUGUAGUAGAUGUGGUUCCCCACCUUUAGAUCCAAUUUUCUGUAGCUCGCAGCAGUUCUCACUGUGUUUUUUUUUUUUUUUUUUUUUUUUCAUUUUUUUACCUCAAACUUCAUGUUUUACUGCUUCUGAUGAAACUGUGAAGAUAUGCAGGCCACUGGAGUUCCGGAGGGAAAAAGAAAAAAAUGAGAGGAUAUGCAAUAUGAUGAUUGAAAAAGGGGUUUCUUUCUUGUGCCGAUCUCCAGAUUGUUGUCAUAUUAGCUUUUGCAUGUAUGCUUGUAAGAUCAUGUAUUUUUGUGAAUGCUAUGAAUAAUAAAUUUAUACUAAAGGCGAAACCAGAAAUGACACUUGUUAUUUUCUGGUUAAAAAUUUUCCCGCCUUUGUUUUCUUUC